AUGAUGAAGCUAACGAAGACCACAAGAAGAAUGCCAAACCACUGUCAAGGAUGCUGCCGGCAAGGCUUGCUACGAUUUGCAAGGAUAUCUGUGAGCAAUGAAGCUGCGAAGUUCUCUGUGAGCAAUGAAGUUGUGAAGUUCUCCACCAAUGGUGAGAAUCUGGGACUGUUUCUUCACAACGUUCCUGUCGACAAGCCUGAUGAAGCUACCAUUACAGAAAUGGAGGAGCCUGUUAUCUUGACCAUUACUCUGAGCAGUAUGAUUCCGCUUGCCGCGGCAAUCCCAUCCACGAGGCAGGUGAAAACCAAAAUGUCUUCGAAUUCACAUCUGCUGGUGGUGAUUGAGUAG